UUAAAGUGACAUUAAAGUUUCUGGUCAGCCCGACUAACACAACGUACACGUAUAGGCAUUGAAAUAAUUCAUUCCACAUAUCAUCUUGUUUACAAAACACUUACCUAAUUCCUCUCCCAAACAAAAGUUAUCUUUUCAUUUUUCAGUAUUCCUGCAAGCCAUGGGGAACAUGUUCUCAGUCUCCAUACCUUGCGAUCACACGGCUAACUUAUGCUGCUGGGGUUUCCUCAGUCAACAAGCAAACUACAUCAGCAAGCUCGGAGAAAACCUUGAAGCUCUGGAUCAAUCUUUGCAAGAACUGACCGCUUUAAAGAAUGAUCUCGUGAGAAGGGUUGAGGUUUCCGAGCUUCAGACAUCCAUGAUGCGCUUGGACCAGGUACAACUGUGGAUUAAAAAGGCGGAAACUAUUGAGACACGAGUCAGAGAAGUUAAAAAUUGUGCAGAUCGAGAAAUUCAGAAAUCAUGUAGCGGAGUUUACUGCUCCAAGAACUACUUUCCCAGCUACAAGUACGGAAAAAAAGUGUUUAAAAUGCUGGUGGAAGUGGAUGCCUUGAAAAGCAAGGGAAGCUUUGAAGAGGUGGUAACCGAAAGCUUACCGGUAGUCUAUGAAAUGCCUACUGAACCAACAGUGGGGAUGGAGUCGACGUUUGAACAGGUCUGGAGACAACUUGAAGAUGAACAGGUGGGAACAAUCGGGUUAUAUGGAAUGGGAGGGGUGGGCAAGACCACCCUCCUUACCAAAAUCCAUAACGAAUUCGCCUUUAGUACUUCUUACCAUUUUGAUCUUGUGCUUUGGAUCGUGGUCUCAAAAGACCACAAACUUGAAAUCCUCCAAGAUAAGAUUGGUGAGAAGCUUGGGAUUGUUAAUGACAGAUGGAAGCACAAAGAGCCGCAUGAAAAAGCUCAACACAUCUUCAAGUUCUUGAGUGAGAAGAAAUUUGUGCUAUUGUUGGAUGAUAUAUGGGAGCCGAUUGAAAUGAUAAAAGUUGGUAUUCCUAAUCCAGCGAUUCCUGAUCCAGCUGACAAUAAGAAGUCCAAGAUAAUAUUCACGACUCGCUUGGAGCAUAUAUGUAGUUGUAUGGAUGCUCAAAUAAAGAUUAAAGUCAGGUGUCUAAUGCCGAACCAAGCAUGGACCUUGUUUCAGGAGAAGGUGGGCAAAGAAACUCUUCAAAGUCAUCCAGAUAUCCCCGCACUUGCGCAAAUCGUGGCAAAUGAGUGUGACGGUUUGCCACUUGCAUCGAUUACAGUUGGUCAAGCCAUGACGUGCAAGAAAACACCCCACGAAUGGAAUCAUGCAAUUCGGGUUCUAAAGGAAUCUGCCGCAGAGUUUUCCAGUAUGGGCGACAAGGUAUUUCCACUUUUAAAAUUUAGUUAUGAUAAUCUACCCAGUGAGACAAUCAAAUCAUGCUUCUUAUAUUGUGCUCUAUUUCCGGAAGAUUUCCGGAUGAGUAAAGAUGAUUUAUUAUAUUUUUGGAUGUGUGAGGAGAUGUUUGAAGAGUAUGUUAACGUAGAUGUAGCGAAAAAUGAGACUUACCAUAUCAUAGGAACGCUCCUUUCUGCAUGUUUGUUGGAAGAAGAAGGAAAUUUUGUAAAAAUGCAUGACGUAAUUCGUGACAUGGCAUUGUGGUUAGCUUGUGAUUGCGGGAAAGAAAACGAGAGUAUCCUCAUGCAUACAGGUCUCCAGGGAACACCACAUGUGAAGAAAUGGAUGAACGCUAAAAGGGUAUCAUUGGUUGGUAGUCAUUUUAAAAGGCUAGUUGAAACACCAAAAUCUCCAAAUCUGUUGACCUUAUUUCUUAGAGGUGGAAAGGGUCCUUUGAAUAUGAUUGCUGAUGGCUUUUUCGAUCAUAUGCCUACUCUGCGAGUUUUGGAUUUGUCUGAAAAUCUGAACAUAACCAAAUUGCCAUCUGGCAUUUCCAACCUGAUUUCGUUACAACACCUAAAUUUGUCAAGAACUGGUGUAAGAGAGUUGCCAAUUGAAUUAAGGGCUUGUGUGAGGCUAAAAUAUUUGGAUUUGGAGCAUACGGAUCAGCUUGAUUUUGUACCACAAAAUAUAAUGUCAAGUUUUCCAAUGCUAAAAGUUUUGAGGAUGCUAGCAUGUAGUUCGUCAGAUAGAAUUCUUGUUGACGGUGAAGGAGCCCUGAUGGAGGAAAUGCAGGGUUUGGAAUACCUUGACGUUUUGACUCUGAGCGUACGGAGUAGCUCUUUUUUGCAAAAAUUGAUCAUAUACCACAAAUUGGUGACCCGCAUUCGGACUCUACAGCUCUCGGAUGGCAAGAACGAAGCAAGCUUUCUAGACAUAUCGUCUUUGGUGGAUAUGAAACAUCUUGAUACCCUUUAUAUUCGGGAUACUCCUAAUUGGAAACAAUUGGAAGUUCAUUGGGCAGGACGAGCACCUAACGAUCCCUGGGAUUUAAUGAUGAUAAAACAAAAUUGCUUCCUUUGCCUUCAGUUCAUAGAAGUAUCACGAUGCCCAAAUCUCACGGACAUAACUUGGCUCCUUUUUGCUCCAAAUCUCAGCCAUUUACGUGUAGAUGCCUGCAAUGAUAUUGAGAAAAUAAUCGAUUUGGAAAGACUGGGUGGAGUUGGAAAUGUGGUACAAGAACUGAAUCCUUUUGGAAAACUUACCAGUCUGAUUUUGAGUUUGCUUCCACGGCUGAGUAGCAUACAGGAUAGUCCCCUACCCUUUCCAUACCUGAAAGAAAUCAAGGUGGUUGCAUGUCCAGUGCUGAGAAAGCUUCCACUCAACUCCACAAGUGCUCAGAGUGGGAGCAAUAUUGUAAUCAGAGGACAUGAGGCAUGGUGGUCUUUCUUAGAGUGGGAGGACGAAGAUGCUCGAAAUGUCUUUCUUCCCUGCUUCAGACGCGGUUAAUUAAGCUCAAAAUAUUGUGCUGUUGUUUGGAUAUUCAAAACCUCGAAAUUCCAUAUUCUGUGAUUCUUUUAGUUCACAUUACGCUCCUAUAUAUUUUGAGCUUUGUGUAUAUUGUUAUUGUUGAACCUCACAUUUGGCUCUAAGAAAAUCAUGUAUCCUACUACUUUUAUACAAUUCACAGCAGACUCUCCGGUCAUCAUUGUCGGCCAAGUGACGUAGAAUGCUUCAGUCCUCCUCAAGUGGCAGCUUCUUCAGCGCUGGACAUUCUUCUCCCAAGAUUUCGGCAUCUUGUACAAACUGAAGGCCAAGGAAGCACGCGUGAUUCGUCAUCAUUGACAUCCGAGGAUCUUUACGUGCUCGUUCUGCACAAUAAAUUUCAAGUUCGUACAAAUUAGGAUAUUCCACAAUAUGAAGGAUAUGAACAUGUUUCAUAUUCUUCAGAGAUGAUAUAUCUACAACAUUUGAGUGAUUCUUUCCGUGCUAGAGGUGGAGAGUUCGAGUGCAGGUAAUCAAAAGCAUAAAGACAGAAAUUCGUCUGGAGCUUUACCAGCGCCAGUUCCAAAGAGACGAACAUGGAAUACCUGUUACAAAUAGCAUGGCUACUGGCCUACCGAUGAAUAUUCUGAUGUUCAUCAAAU